AUGGAGGAAACGCUUCCUCUGUGGAUUCGUUUCCUCGCGUUUUCGCACCGCCUUCUUUUCCAGACUCUUUUGCACCCGCAGUUGGUCCUUUCCAUCCUCCAAUUCGUACUCAUGAGUUUCGCAUUUCUGUACUUGAAUCGCACGCAGAUGAUACGAUACGUAGACGCAAAAGUCACCGAAUACGUGUUAGCGUUACUCGAAAAAAACGUAUUCCCGGAAAGCGAAAAAGUGACUCUGAAACGAGUGAAGUUUCGGUGGAACCGAGUGGACGUUUUUGACGUAUACGUCGGGAACUGCGUUUCCGAAGAGGAGGAUGAUGAUGACAUCGGUGCUUUGGCUGAUGAAGCGGCCACGAAGGAGGAAAAAAAGGAAAAACGUGAAAACGCGGAGAAGAUACAGAAGACCAAGAUCCCGGAAUUUUCGUCCCCGUACUUCAUGCGCGUAAAACAGAUUUCGUUCCGGUGUUCGUUUUUCACGCUCGUGCCGAUGAUGCAGUUCAUGGAGGAUAAAAAUUUCGCGGUUGGAUUUUUGAGCGCGAAAGUCGACUCGAUGGUAUUGAGAGGCGUGGACGUGUUCGUCGAGGAGUGGAGAGGGAGAGGGAAUUUUCGGGUGUUUAAGAAAAAAGCGUCGGUGAAACUCUCCUCCUCCUCCUCGGAAGAAGAAGCAAAAGAAGAUGAAGCUGCGACGACGAAAGGGACGAAUGCUACUGGGACGCGCGAGGAGGAGGAGGAUUUGACGUCAAACGCGAAGAAUACCAACAACAACGGUUUAUUUUCCUACUUUCAAUCUCAAGUUCAAACGCAAAUCGAAGACGCGAACAAGAAGAUUCAAGAGGCGGCGAAUAAGACGAUCGAGAUUUCCGGUUCAGUUGUGAAAGAAAUCGGCGCGGUGGCGACGGACGUGACGGAUAAACUGACCGCGCUUGGGAGGUACGCGACGAUGAUAAACCACGUGCAAGAAGAUCCAAUCGAGAUGAUGCAAAAGAGACCAUUGGUUCUGAGAGUGAAAGAGACGAAAUUAAUCGAUUGGAACGUGAAAAUAUUAACGGUUUCGCAAACGUCUUUCAAGGUGAACAAGUUUGAAAUGGUGGAUAAAGUGUUCGUGGGCACCAGGAAGGCGUUCGGGAAACGAAUCGCGCAAGGCGUGUUGCAAAGAAUUAUCGUCGAGUUUCAAGACGAAAGUUUGAAUCUCAUCACCAACGGCGUUUCAGACGGGUUCAUGAUGAGUAAAAAGUUCUUGGACGACGGUUUUACGACGGUGUACGACGGAAUGAAGAAAACCACGGAGAGCGGGGCAAAAAUGGCCGCGAAGACUAUGGAAAGCGCGCGAUCCUCGUUCACGGUCAGGACCGUCGGGAGAGGAGAAGUUGACCCGCACGAGUUGACCCCGACCGGGUCGGUGACGACGACGUCCUCUCACCUAGGCGGCGACGACGACGACGUAAACGACGACGUGAGCGAAAAAGAUAGUAAAGAUUCCGUCAAAUACGAAUUGUUUCCGGAUAAAGAUCCGCACGAAAUGCAGCAACAAAAGAGCGCCGCGUCCGCAUCGGACUUGUUCGGUUUAGGGAAUCUCUUUAGCACGUGCUCGCCGAGAGGAACGACGAGCGGAAGAAAAAAUAAAACACCGCCACCACCAUCACCACUGCCGUCGUCGUCGUCGUCUAAAUCGACGACGCUCGGUAAGCCCGAGUCGCCCCCGCAAUCGUAA